ACUUCACGUACUGUAAUGCAGGCGAUAGGCACAAAUUUUAAAAUUGACUGAACCCUCGACCGGUUAAGCUAGGCCAAAUUAUUACGAUGAAGCGAACGAGUCUAGUCGGCUUGUAAACCUCGUACUGCGUAUAAAUAAGUUGCAAGCAUUAGUACUUGGAAGGCCAAUCAGCCAGCCCCGAUGGAUAUCUACAUUUCUAUUGCCACUCUGUUUUCCGUCUUUGCUUUAUGGAGCUUCAUUGUCUAUCUCUUUGAUGUUCUGUGGUUCAAUGGAGAGAAUCGUCGACUGAUUCUCCAAAGGCAAGGGAUCGAAGGUCCCUUACCCGUCUUCCUUUUGGGCAACGUUCCUGAAAUGAAGCGGAUGCUUUCCUCUGCGGAAAAACUGCAGGCGGAGGACCCCUUGUCCUCACAUCAUCGUUUGAUGCAUCUGUUCCCUUAUUUUAUGCAGUGGACUAAACAAUUCGGUCAGUCGUUCUUGUUUGCACUUGGGAGGUCGCAGUUCAUGUAUGUAGCUGACACUUAUCUCGUCAGAGAAAUCAACUGUUUCACGUCGUUGGAUAUGGGGAAACCUGAUUACCUACAAAAAGAUCGAGGAGCUUUGCUGGGGAAGGGCCUUAUCACCACAAAUGGCUCAGUUUGGUACCAUCAGAGAAAAACUAUUGCCCCCUAUCUUUUUAUGGACAAGGUCAAGGAUAGGGUAGAGCUAAUGGUGGAGUCCGUUGGGGAAUUGGUGAAAUCCUGGGGGAAUCUAAUUGAAGCUAAUGGUGGAACUGCAGACAUAAGAGUCGAUGACUAUGUAAGAAGAUUCACUUCUUAUGUCAUUUCGAAUGUGGUGUUCGGAGAUGAGUGGCAAAUGGGCAUGGAAAUAUUUCCAAAAUUUCUAGAUCUCAUCAAUGCCAUGAGCACACCAACAAUACUUAGCGGCAUCCCUUUCUACAGAUAUCUUCCCACUAAAAAGAAUAGAGAGAUUUGGAGGCUUGAGAAGGAGAUUCAUUCGAAGAUUAUGGAGAUAGUAAAGAAGCACAAUGAGAUCACUUCUAAAGACUUGUUGCAAGUUAUGAUUGAAGGUUCAAAAGGUGAUAUUGGGCCAUCUAUAACAGCUGAUCAGUUCAUAGUCGACAACUGCAAGGACAUCUGCAUCCCUGCCUCCGAGGUUACUGCAGUUUCCGCAAUAUGGGGUCUAAUGUUAUUGGCUUCACAUCCCGAAUGGCAAAUCCGUAUUCGUGGUGAGGUUUCAGAACUAUGUAAGGGUGGGGUGCUGAGUUUCGAUGUGCUUCACAAGAUGAAAGCGUUAAAAAUGGUGGUUCUUGAGGUGCUACGACUUUAUCCAGCAACAGCAUUUGUUUCGAGGCAAGCCUUGACAAAUCUGAAAUUGGGUGACGUUGAAAUCCCAAAAGGGGUUAAUAUUUGGUUAUGGAUGCUAGAACUGCACACCAACCCUAACUUCUGGGGAGCUGAUUCAGAAAAGUUCAAUCCCGAGAGGUUUGCUGAUGGUAUUUCAAAAGCAUGCAAAAGUAAUCAAGCUUACAUUCCUUUCGGUUUAGGGGCACGAGUGUGUCCUGGACAGAGUCUUGCUAUGACUCAACUUCAGGUGUUGUUUGCAAUCAUACUGUCCAACUUCAACCUCACCAUGUCUCCAACCUAUCGCCACUCCCCUCAAUACGCUUUGCUGAUUGAGCCUGAAUUUGGUGUGAAUCUCCUUAUCCGAAAGAUAUGAGCACGCUCCUUGUUCCUAUCAAUGAUGUUGACAAUAAACUACCCUACCACAAUUAGGAAAGAAAAAAAAGAGGAUUUUACUUCCUUUUUAAGAGAUUUCAUACUGUCAUGAAACAAUUUGCUUUCUUGAGCAAGUCUGCAAAUUUUCGGAUUUUAACUCAAAAAAUUUAAUUAAUUAUAAAAAUAA